CACUCACUCUCUUUCCCUUUCACGUCUUUCUUCCUCUCCUCUCACCCGGAAAUUCAAGCUUUCCUCUUUUCAAGCUUCUUUUCUCUUCUUGAAUAUUAGGAACAUGGAUCAAAAUUUAUCAGAUUCAUCUUCAAAUCCUGCAAAUGAGGAAUUUUGGGAUCUUGCCAAUUCAUCAUCAGACGAAGAAUUGAUGAAUCUGGAGAUUGCUGCUCUACAAGAGAAGGGAAGAAGAAGACGCCGAGGCUCAAUUCCUGGUCGCAUAUAUAAAGAUAGACAACGAUUGCAAGGUCAGGAAACACUCUACAAUGAUUAUUUUGCUGAAAAUCCUGUUCAUGAAGAAGUUGUAUUUCGGAGAAGGGUUCAGAUGCAUCGACAUGUUUUUCUUCGAAUUCUAGCUGCAGUUAAAUGCAUGUUUAUCUGUUAGCAAAAUGGAUUGUUAGUUGAUGAGUGGAAAAGCAACUUCUGGUUCUGGAAAUGAUGGAGCUUCACAAAGUGCUGAAAGUGGCAGCGAGGGUUCAUCAGAUGGAAGCGCGGAGAAUGGUAACCACCAGGAGUAUGGUGCAAACAAGAAGGGAAGCUUUGACAAGAUGCUUGCAGAUGGAGCAAAUGCACAAAAUAACACAGCUUUAGUGCCUGGGAAGCCUGUAGUUUCUUUGCCUGCAACUAGUCUGAAUAUGGGAAUGGACUUGUGGAAUGCAUCCCCCGCUGGUGCUGGAACUGCAAAAAUGAGAGGAAAUCAAUCUGGAGCCCCAUCCGCUGUCGGUGGUGACCAUUGGAUUCAGGGAGCUUUGGACGGUGGCUUGGAUAUUCCACACAGUGAUAAGAGGUUUGCUGGUUUCUCCAAGGACAACAAGCAGCUUGAUGCUGAGGUACAUCGCAAGUAUAUCUAUGGUGGCCAUGUUGCUGCAUAAAUGAGGAUACCUCUCAAUGCAGUUACAUCUAUAACUGAUGGCUUGAAGAAAUUGUACAUUGAAAAACUAAAACCAUUGGAAGCUGCAUA